AAGCCGGGAUUAUAAAAGAAUUUAUAGUGUCAAGCAACGGAAAAUGAUAUAUUUUUGGUAAAAAUUGAAAUUGAUUGUCAACAAGUGUCGAGGCAAUUUUCGCAUCAAAGCUGGGUGUGAAAUUUCGAUCAGAAACGUGUCUUGGUAAUAACUCUAUGCUGCUGAUUUAAUUAGAUGAAAAAGAAAUUAUUUUUUUCGCAAGAUACUGGGAGAUUAAUCUUGCCGCAGUCUCACAACGAUAGUAAACUUCAGUCGAUACGGAUUAUCGCAGUGAAGCCGAAGAGUUAUUGGAUUGAAGGUGAUGUCUAGUCUGAACGUAAAUGGAAAACGCUGUGCUGGUGUCUGGCCUAACGAUGAAAUAUCGUACACGAAUGCAUGUUUCUCGGCUUUCCUCUCCUUUAUAACAGUUCCAGGAAACCUGCUGGUCUUCGUCGUCGUUCUAAGAAAUCCAAACGGCAAAAUGCGCACGCCUUUCAACUGGUUCAUUUUAAAUCUUGGAAUUGCUGAUCUUCUGGUGGGGCUAGUCGUGGAACCGUUAGCUGCCGUCGUACACAUCCGUGAGGCGUUCGGGUUUCCGUUAAAAUAUCAUGUGUAUCUUCAGCCGUUCUACUUCACAUCUUGCACAGCGUCUGUCUUCAGUCUGGGCAUGCUCACAAUCGAUCGUUACAUUGCCAUCACCUCGCCAUUACAGUACAGAGCCACCUUAAGCAAUAAACGAGCCUUGGUUAGUUCUCUUGUCAUUUGGAUAAUCUCAAUCGCUCUGCCCUUCCUUCAAAUGAAAAUUGGUUUUCUUUGGUACUUCUUCGUGUUCGGAAAUGCCGCUGUGUUGGUCACGUUUUUCGUGCUCGUUUUCGCGUUCGUGCGUGUACACCUAACGUUACGUGCUCAAAUACGCGAGCUUAGCCAACUACAGGGAAGCACGGAAGAAAAUCGUGUCCGCAACAACGCUCUCAAGAAUGAAGAAAAGAUCACUCGUGUGUUUCUCCUGAUGCUGUUGAUAUUCUGCGUGUGUUACACACCGUCUCUUCUGAUGAUUUACCUCAUGAAUUUCUGUACAACAUGUUCUUGUCAAAGUAUCCAUUGGUUUCGAGAUUUGUCGUUUGUCUUCGUCGUCCUGAAUUCCUGCAUGAAUCCUUUCAUUUAUGCCCUCAGGAUGCCCAACUUCAGAGAGUCUGUUCGUAUCCUGUUCAAGAAAGGUAGAUCCCAAACCCCAGCCGUGCGAUAUCAGGCCACCACGUCAUCGAAAGGUACCGCGUCAACCAAAUGGACCUCCUCUGAAGUGUCAGCUCCGUCGUCCGCGUCCGUUAAAACUCCGCCAGUUUUAACAACUCCCUCAAUGACGUCACAUCCAACGAUGACGUCACCUCCAAGGAUGACGUCAUCCACUAAUGAGCCCGGCAACUGUCCAAUGGCCUGCAAUAACCAAGGAUUUAGUGAAAACGCUUAAAAAAAGUGAUGCGGAUAAAUUAUUUACAUAAAUAUUCCUCUGUUUAACUUCAUAAUGUAUUUAUAGUCCUUAAGCUAAAAAUAAAUGGGUAACUUGUUAAGCUAACUUAGUUGAAACUAGCUUGUUUUUUAUAUCUAUUGCGUGGACCAUAAUUGUCUUGUAAUAUCAUGAAGAAUGACUUAACUAUCUUAUUAAAAAUGAAUUAGAUCUAGAUACCUACGGAGUUGUAAUUGAUUUGAUGAGAACAUUGAGCUAUUAAAAAAAACACACAAGAACUAAAAACGAGAGGUAAUAAGUCGCAUACUCCUUUCACACAGGAAAUGAGGGGGGAUAUUGUUUCAUAAUUAGGCUUUGCCAACGCGAUGCGAUUUUUACGAAUAUUUCAGUUU